AUGUGAACACAGAGCUCAGCAUAUAUUUGAUGCAGCAUGUUUGAGUAACAUCUCUCUUUUUUGGCUUUAUGAAUUAAAUCUUUUGGACCAAUUCACAGUUAUUGUAAUAUUGUUUAAAUUGAAAGGAGUUCAAUCUCCUGAUGAUGUGGGACUAUACUUUGUACUAUUUAUUAACCUUAAAGAUACAGUAGAGUCUCACUUAUCCAACACUCGCUUAUCUAACUGGAAUGGCCAGAAACGAGAAAACAUAUAUAGGUGAAAGAUGGCCUUGGACAACAGAGACAACUGUAGAUUGGGUAGUUUCAUUCACUUUUGCAUGAUAUAACUAAAUAUGUGUUUGUAACUGGUGGGACCAGCGUCUGUUCUCAGACAGACAGGGGAUGUGGCAACCCUUGAAUGUUUUUUUACAAAUGAGUGGAUUUCCGAGAGGUCUUCUGGUCAUGAUUUUGGAGGCCAUGUAUAAUGCGUUGGACACUUUUUUCUUCUAAUUGUUUUUUAAUUUGUUAACACUGUUUUCUAAUUUGGUAGGGCAACUACCCAAUGUAUAUGGGUUCAGAAAGGGGCCAUCACUUCCCUGGAGUCUGGGGCCCCUUGGUUUACACCAUUGUCAUGAGAAUGCAGUUCCGAAGCAGACCGGUUCCGUCUGUGACAGGAAGACAAAACGGAACGUUGCCAUCUCUAUUGUCUUCUGGUCUUGUACAGAGACAAACAUGUCUGCCCGGAGACUGCUAAAAAACAUCCAGAAAUUAUGUUUAAAUUGUUGCAAAUGCUGUCGGGGGAGGAGGAGUAUUAAAAUAUACCCUGUAAGUCCUCCAAAGGAAGAUCUGGAGGCCUCCUCCUCCGAUGAGAUCACAGAAAUGGAGACCUGGCACCAAUGGAUGGCAUCUGUUUCGCAGCCCGGCCAGGAUGCGAGGAGGAAGGGCCCCAGUCUAUCCGAGGAGUCCUGGAGCACCCUGGCCAGUGGAAGUGAUGAGGACGCACGGUGGAGUCAGCAGUCCCAGGAAUCGAGUGAAAAAGAACCAAGUCUAAUUAUUGAAGAUCUAGAAGAUUAAGAUCCAUCCUCUUCCUGGGACUGCUGUCUCCAUCGUGCGUCCACCUCCUUCCCUGGUCAGGGUGCCCAGUGAUCCAUCUGGAAUGAGGCCCUUCCUCCUCCCAUCCCGGCCUGGCUGCGGAGCAGAUGCCAUCCAGAAAGGCGGAGACGCCACAGACACAGAGAGGACUAUGUGGAAAGAAGUGCUGAGUUUGCCGAUGGUUUGCUCUCAACAGCAAUGAAAGACAUUCAGUCCGGAACACUGGACGUUAAUGAAGAAGGCAUACUUUAUGGCAUACCUCAAAAAACUUUACUUCUCAACUUAGAAGCCUUACCAGCAGCAAAGCCUGCAUCCUUUAAAAACAAAACUCGGGAUUUCGAUGAAAGUGAUUCUUACAAAGACAGUAAAGAAACAUGUGCAGUGCUGCAAAAAGUAGACUUGGGAGCAAAAGCUUGAGUGGAGCGCACAGAAAAAAGGAAACUCACUCUGUUUGAAACCUCAGAAUUAAGAUUCCCAACAGCUUCCAGUUACCUCCACCAGUUAACUCUACAAAGAAUGGUCACUCAGAUUAAAGAAAAAAAUGAAACUGUACAAUGUGGAAGAACAGGUCUAACUGUACAGCUAAAAAUUCCUCAGCUGAGAAUGAGUGUUUGUUUCCCAAACAACAGCCUGAUAGUGGCAGAUUUUCAAUGUUAUGUACCAUGUUUCUAAAACCUCAACAGUCUUAGAAGGAUCAGCUCUUCAAAAACUGAAAAGUAUACUCCCGAAACAGAACAAAAUUGAAUGUUCUGCAUCUGUAACUCAGUCAAGUGUCAACUCCUACUUUCUGCAUGGGGACCUCUCUCCUUUGUGUCUCAAUACUAAGAACAGAACUAUAGAUGGCACCUCUGAAUCCACGGAAGGCGGUUUGGAUCGCAAGGAUAAUAAAUAGCCAAGAAAAAACGUGGCAGCUUAACAUCUGAUAUAGAGAAAACAUUUCAGUUUUCAAAGCAUGUGCUAGAUACACAACUGAGGUCUUUUCAUUUUAUUGUUGGUUUAGCAAGAAAGUUGGUGUUUACAACAUAUGUACUUGUGAAAACUGACAAAUUUAGUGUAGCUAUAGAAUGAUUAGUACAUAAGAUGGAAUACUAAAGGCAUAAAAAUGUCACCGUUUUCCUUUAGUGCGGAAAAUAAGCUAACUUGUAAGGGUUUAAGAUGAAGGUUGGAAUGCAGAUUAGAGGAUGUUCAGAAUGUGCACAGAAUGAGCUUGAGAAUGGUUAUUUUGGUUUAAGUGUGCGGAUUAGUUUAUUUAAAGUUUAUUUAUUUAUUUAAAUACAUUUAUUUAAGGAUUGUGUUUCAUUCCUGUUGAAAAACCUCAAUAUAACAGUAAUGUAAUUGCUGCUGUGACAUUUCAAAACUUUCAAUUUAUCAAAAUGAAUAUGAGGUUUUCAUUUUGGUGGGCCAAAGCAUCAUCACUUUGCUAAUAACCAAAUUUGACCGUUCAGUGUCUUGAUAGAUUGACAGAUACAAACAGGGAAACUGUUUUGAACUUUUAGUACUAGAAUUUUCAGUACUAGAUAGAGAAAAAGAAAAAAGAAUUAAAAAAAUAAAAUAAAAAGUUUAAAAAAUAAUGAAAUAAAAAAUAAAAAAAUAAUAAAAAAAUAAAAAUAUUUUAUUUCAGUGGCCCUUUUUAUUGAAAACUAGUUUCUUUUUUUAAAAAAAAUGGAAAGUUUUUUUUUUGUAUAUUUACUAUUUGGAAACGGGACAGUUCAUUUUAGAUAUAUAACUUUUCAAAGAAUCUCAGAGGACCAGUUAUCUUUAGAUGACAGUCUUUAAAUAACUUUAAUGUUCACAUGAUCUUAUCUUCUAGAGAUACUCAAAGGGUUAUGUUGCUCUAUUCCAUUCUAUCAUCGGUAUGCAGACAGUGCACCUGGGCAAUCUGGGGCCGUAGGAAAUCUGUAUGAAAUCCAAAUCCUAUCCUCUGCUUAGCCAAGUUGUGCAAACUCCAUAGUUCAUAUACCUCUGGAAGGGAAGCAGGCCUAGAUCCCAAAAAAUUGCUUAUUCGAUAAGUUCAUUUGUAUGCUUUUUCAGCCAUGGGAUGAAGAAAUGCAAGGGAGUUUUCAACCCCAGUGAGGAUACGUUUGUAUGUGGACACUAAGGGAAAGAUCAUACCCAUUACAUUUGGUUUAAUACUGAACUUGGGUAUACAAUCAUAUUAAACACACAGUGGAAUUAAGACAUCAAUGGUCCUUUUUAUUUUUUAAAUAGAUUUUUAUUAAGGUUUUAGUUAAAAUAAGAAAAAAGAAUUUAAAAAGUAAAAAAAUAAAAAGUAAAAAAAUUAAUAAAAAUAAAAAUUAAUAAAAAUUAAAAAUUAAAAGAAUUUAAAAAAUUAAUAAAAAAUUUUAAAAAAUAUUUCAGUGGCCCUUUUUAUUGAAAACUAGUUUCUUUUUCUUUUUUUAAAAAUGGGAAAGUUACAUUAUUAAAAACUUUAUCUGUUUUACCCUAUAUAGUUGUUACCCAACCCAAUUAGCAUACAUUUGCUAAAGGAUUGCAUAAUUUAGUAUCUGUGACGUAUAAUUUGCAUAUAGUGUUUUUAAAGUACUACGUUUAACUAAUUUGGUAGCAUUUCAUAAUGAACUCGAUAAACACCCAGUCCUUACUGAUUGUUACAAAUAGAAGGCACUUACAAAAUAAAGGUUAACACAACAGCGGUCAACAUAUCUACUGUUUGCCUUGUUACAUAUGGAUUCAAUUUUUUUGGCUUAUUCACAUAUUGGGAAGCAAAUCAUUAUAAACCAAGAUUUUCAUUAGAUAGUUGAGACUAUCAUUAGAUAGUUGAGACUGUCAAAUAUUCAAUGUCAAGAUCAUCUUUAAAAAUUUUUUAAAAAAACACAAAGCCAUAUUUUUGUCAGGAUUCAAAAGAUUAAUUUGUUGCAUCUUUCCCCAAUAGCCAAGACGAUUACAAAUUUCAAGACUUUUUCAGUAACACUUUACUCCUGUUUUUAAUUUAUGGCUUAAAAGCAUGGACAGGGAUCCAAAGGGACGCUUCUGAUAUUGUGCAAACGUACCGUCUUUUGCCUUCCUCUUCUUACCUUGUGUCCUCAGUUACGUUGAGCGAGGGAUGGAAGUGUGUGGCUUUGCCACUCACACUGGCGGGAGGCUGGAAUCCCAGCUUUUAAAAUGUUUGUCAGACAACAUUGUAUUUUAGCCAGAAAUGUAUCUCAAAGACAAGUUACAGGACACAUUUGAUAUCAUUGAAAAGAUGAAAAAAUAACAAAUUCAUAAAAUUAGGGAUCAUUUUGCUAUUGACUUUAGCAGUGGCAGUUUUGUAUGUAAUGUUAUAAUUUUCAGCAUUUUAGUAUUUGUAUUUAUUUUUUGCCAGAAAAAGUAUAUCAAACUUUUUUGAUAGUUUGUAGAUAAUGCACAACCUAUACGUUUUUUAAAAAUGUAAUUAUUUUUAACAAAUAGGUGGAAUCUUUGAUUAUACAACUGAGGAAAGGCAGGGAAACACAUAGACUCCCCUUAUUUGACCCUAAUGUAUUUGUUUUAAAAGUUGUUUACAUUAUAAUUUUGAAGUACUUUUAAAAUUCAGUUACCAGUUGCUACUUAGAAAUGGAUAAGUUUCUGAAAAUUCAUAUUUCAGCAGACUUUUAAAUGAAGGAGAAAGCAAACCCUACAUGCUUUCUACUUAUUUGAAUGUUUCUCAAUUAUUUUAUGUUAAAAACAGUGCUUCUGUUUUUAGAUCUACUGCUCAGUAAAGUUGUUUAAACCAUUUCUGGUAGCUAAUGACUAUUUUAUAUUAAAUUAAAGUGUAUAUUAACUUUAGUGAGACUGAUGUUUUGUUACAAUACAAAUAACUGUAUUUUGUGUUUUUUUAUUGCAUUAUUUCCAUUGUUGCAGUAAUUUAGUAAAACUCUGUGGCUGCCUUGAUUUUUCACAAAUUUUUGUUAAUAACAGAUUUCUAGGUAAUCAGUUCUAUUUAUGCAUAAAUCAAUUGCACUAUAAUCCAUGAAUUAUUUAUUACAAUAUUUUCUAAUUAAUUCCAUGUAUUUUGUCUUGUGUUGUAAAUGUACUGGAAUUCUGUUUCCUCUGUGUUGUUAUAUUUCUAAAUCUGAUUGUAUGAAUUUGUUAAUGUGUUUCUAUGUUGUAAUUUUUAGUAAAGCACUUCAAUGCUUUUGCACAGAAAUUUACAACACUGAUGCGUGAUUGAUUUGCUCCUUCAGUAAAAAGAAAAAAAUACUU